AUGCCCACCCGCUGCCUGCUGCUCCUGGGGCUGCUCCUGCAGCUGCCAGCUGCCUCCUGCCAGCAAGCCCGGGGCAGCCUCCAGCCGUGGUCGCAGGGUGUCAUCGCAGUGGUUGUGUUCCUAGUCCUGGUGGCCAGCUUUGUGGUCAACAGGUUCUGGUGUAAGGACAAAGUGGAAAGUGCUGAGAACGUGGUGAGUGUGGAGGACAAGCCAGAUGCUGUCACGUCCAACGGCCAUGAAGGCAGAUACAUAUCAGCUGCAGCUGACUUCAGGUCCAAAGAGAACCAGCAUGCCUAUGAGAACACCGUGGAGCCUGAGGAGAAGGUGAUCACCACGGCCAUGUAG